CCAAGGAGUACCACAUGUCAACCAAAUAAUCAGCUUUUGCUUAACUGACACCAAUAACUUUUAAAGGGUGUUAACAAGGACAAGUAGUAGUACUAAGUUUCCUGUUUAUCUCAUUGCUCCAUAUACAAUCACCCAGCCCAGAGCUCAGCUGCUCUCUGUCUCCUUUCAUCGCAUUUAACUUCUUCCCCACACGCUUCCAAGCAACCAAGCCAAGAAUCAACCAAGAAGCGAAGCUCUUCCGGUUCCGGGGGCCGGCCAUGGCGGACGUGGCCAUGGCGCUGGCCACCGUCUUCUUCUGCCUCCUCAUCCUCUCCUCCGCCGCCAUCUCCCUCCUCCUCCUCCGCCUCUGCCGCGCCGCCCUCCGCCCCGCCUCCUCCGCCGCCCUACCGCCAUUACCCCCGCCGCCGCCCCAAGAGCUCGCCUUUCUCGUCUCCCCCCCUCCCCCUCCCCCGCCGCCGUUCAAGGAAGAUGAAUUGAAGAAAUCCAUGGCGGCAGCGGCGGAGGGGGAGGAGCCGAGGAGGCUGGCGUGGAGGGAGGUGGAGGCGCUGACGGGCGGCUUCGACGAGGCGGCCGUGGUGGGCCGCGGCGGCUCCAGCACCGUCUACCUCAGCACGGCCGCCUCGCCCGUCUCGCCGGCCGCAGUGAAGGUGCAGCGGUGGUGCGGCGGCGGCGAGCGGCGGGCCGCCGCGUUCCGGCGGGAGCUCGGCUUGCUCCGCCGCCUCCGCCACCCCAACCUCGUCGCCCUCCGAGCAUACUCCGACGACCACGAGGAAGGAGGCGCGCUGGUGCUGGAAUACAUCGCCGGAGGCACCCUCGCCGGCCGCCUCCAUGGCGCCGGGGGCGGCGUGUCGCCGCUCUCGUGGCGCCACCGCAUGCGCGCCGUCCACGACGUCGCCGCCGCGCUGGAGCAUCUUCAUGAUCACGCCGCCGUCGUCCACGGCGACGUCUCGGCUUCCAACGUGCUCCUCGACGGCCUCGGUGGCGCGCAGCUCUGCGACCUCGGCUCCGCCUGCGAGUGCACCUUCUCCGCCGCGGUUGCACGGGGCGCAGCCGCCGUGGGCUCGCCGGGGUACGCCGACCCCUUCUUCCUCCGCACCGGCGUCGUGUCCAAGAAGUCCGACGUGUACAGCUUCGGCGUGCUGCUGCUCGAGGCUGUCACGGGGUCGCCGGCCGCCGGGGACGGGGAGUACCUGACGGCGAGGAUCCUGCCACGUGUCAGGGCGGUAGGGGUGGAGGGGCUUGUCGAUGGCCGGUUGGGGAGCGAGUAUGAUGCAGAGGAAGCCAUUGACAUCGGGAAGAUUGCCGUCGAGUGCCUCGCGGCGCAGCCAGGGCUCCGGCCGACGAUGGCGCGGGUGCGGGCGUCCGUCGAGGAGAAGGCGGCGAGGUCUAUCGCCGCGACGACCGGCGGCGAUGGUCAUAAGUUGCAUGACUUAUUUCGCAUGACAAGCUAGCUGACUAAACUCCAUUUCUUUUUUUCAGAAGAUUUGUCAUCUUCCUUCUUUUUCUGUGUUUUUGGACUCCUAGAGAUGAAAAUUGAUUGGUUUCUGCUUAGUGUGUAGUGUUAGGAGAUGGUAAAAACUGCUAAGAAAUUUGACUCGUAUAUUCACAAGGGAUUGGAGAAGAUUAUCUGAAUUUCAGGAGCAGAGAUUAUCAAAGCUCAA